AUGAUAUCCGUGCGUUUACUAGAGAUGUUAGCUUGUGUGAAGUACAGACCGCCAGCCAAUGUAGAGCCACCGAAGUUCAGGGCUCAGCUGCUGGCAGGAGACGCGAGGACUAUUCAUCAUGUGCUACAUUGGUUACUGACUAACAAAGAGCAGGUCAAGAAUACCGCAUACUUAGCCAAGUAUCUGAAAAUCCCCGAAAUUUCCUCUGAUGUGGUUCAAAAUAAUACCAUUCAGGACAUGCUCGAUCUCUACCAGAAUCUAAUAGACGAAUUUAAGGAAGUGCACAAACGUACCCGUUUACUGCAAAAGGAAAACGCAUCGGAAAUUAUCAAUGAUAUUAAGGAGAUGGCAGUCGAGAGAGAUAUAGUCAUAAAAAGAUUGGAGAAUGUACAAAUGAACUUAGUAGAUGUGCAUAAUAAAGAUGAUUUGCUAAACGUAGGCAAGAAUUUGAGACAGCAACAGGAAAAAGCUAAGGAAUUGGAAAAUCAGUACGAAACACAACAGAAUCAAUUGAAAAUCGCAUCUGAUCAAUUGAAGAGAUAUCUGAGCGUAAUCCACGGACAAAGUGCUACUCCAAAAACUGCGAACGAUGUUAUCAAACAUUUGAAAGAAGAGAUUCAGGUAAUAAAGAACAGAGAUGAUACGUGAGUAAAAAAAAAUCGAAUUAGUCCGUCAGUCAGAUAGUAUAGAAAAAUAAUAUAUAUUUCUUUUGCUUCAAUAUAAAAAGAAAUGGCUUAGAUAAUAGGCAUUGAAGUUGAGGAGCGCGUCACAACCAUAUAGAAAAUGUACAAAGGUAUGACGUUAUAUAUAGAAAAUGUACAAAGGUAUGACGUUAUGCGAUAUUUCUACUCAAUGUAUAGACGUAAUUUAUUGAUUACGAAAAAAAUACGUGUUCUUAUUCUUUAAUAAUCUACUAUACGGAUAGACAAAUAAAAAUUUGACGUUAUCUGUCAGUUGCACAAACGUCAAUUGAGGUUUAAUGACGACCUUAAGCUCUAAUAAAUGUCAAAUUUGUAUGGGUAUGGCGCUUUAAAUUAAUGACAAUUUUAAUGGAUGUUUGUGCAACUGGCUGUAUCUCUGUUGUGAUGUCAUAAGCUCUCUAUUAUUGUUAUUAUGAGAGGCUUGCCUGCAAGUGAACAGAUAGCAGCGGUUAACAGUGAAAUCGAAAAAUUGGUACAACGUCGACUGGCAGCUGCUGGCCCUCAAGAGGAUAAGCUUGCACCAUUCCGGCAGCAAGCUACUGUAAUUCGGCGUAAUAAAGACUCGAGUGCGGCGCGAGUUCACGAACUCACGGCCAGCCUGAAAGAUUAUGAAGCCACCUUGGCAGACUUGCAGUCACAGGUGUUAUUAUUUAUCAUGCAAUUAAUUUGAUUGUAAGUUUGUUUGCAUUGAACAAACUUAUUAAACUACUGGUUUGAUUACAAAAAUUCUUUUACUUACGGCAAACUGCAUCGUAUGCGGUUGUAUAAACUAUAAUUCACGCGGGAAAAGUUGCGGGAAUACAGCUAUUUAUUAAUAAACAGUACUCGGAACUAGGAUUUUUUACGACUGUAAAUAUUUGGUUCACAAAAGAUUUACAGCUCAAAAAAGGUUGAGAACCACUGAAUUAGAUCACAAGAGUCAGAGUGUUUCAUGAUUGAAUGUAUAAUGAUUUGUUGUUAG